GACGAACACGGCUGUUGGAGGAAUGGCAAACAUGUUUGUUGAAUACAACGCCAUCUGGCGGUUGGGAACAAUAUGACAAAUAAAGCUUAUCUCCGUAUUGGUUCGGCGUUGGGGCGCGAGAUGGCGCGAAUACUACUCCUGGUGCUGGCGGCAAGUGCGGCGGGAGCUUCCAGCACUAUUGAAGAGGUGGCACUCAUGAACAUCACCAGAUAUUCCAAUGGAGAUUUUUUCUCUCUUAGGGGGACGGAUUGCGGCCCCACGCGUUGUAUGGAGGUGUCCCACGGGACCGCUCUAUCAGCCAUGGCCGAUGAGAACAUGGGUUGCCGAUGUCAAUGUCGUAGUGAGACGCCCGCCUUCCGUGAGGAUCAGCACUCGUGUGUCAAUCAUAUUGAUGAAUGUCUGAUGGCAAGCUUCGGUCGUGGUGCAACAAAACCACAAAUUCCGUUCGUUUAUUUACCUCUCAAAGGACAAAUAAUUUAUCCCUCCAAAGAAAUCAUUUUUACUGACGUUGAAGAUGCUAUAUGCGCCGUAACGAGCGCUCAAUACUUGUCGGCAUCUGGCUGGGUCACCCUCCGUGACUUGAUCGACAAUGACGUGCCGUUCGGACUGUACCGGGACGAGGGGAGCACUUUCUUACAGUGGCGAGGGUCGGCGACACUACACUCUCGGCUGGAAGGUCGGCUGGUGGCUGCUCACGUUCUAUGUUCCUCCUCCACUCCAUCACGUCUUGCUGCCAGUUGCGCAGCGUUCCGUAUCGCAGGCGCAUCCGAUAACGCUUUACUUGAUGUACGUUCAAUACCCUUCCACGCUGGAGAGCUAAUUACGACGGAUUCUUCAACGCAAAGUCAGGGGCUCAGUGUUCUGGAACUACUAGCUAUUGGCGUAUGCGUGCUUCUCUUGAUAUUCGUGUACGCUGCUGGGAUUAUGUUUUAUGUCCACUACAAGCAAAAGCACAAACGGAAAGACAAGGAUCCGGAACAGAAUCAUUCAAAUACGUUGUCUACUGACAAUGAGUCCAUGGAGUCACGAAUCGAUAUGAGUAAUGUGAUGAUGAAAACUAAUCCGUUGCUAAAACUUAACGGUAUGGGCGGAGACUAUCUAAGUGACGCAGGUUUUUCUGACACCAGUGAACAUACCGAAGACACUCUUGAUUCGUCAUCAAAUAACACUCUGUCACAUAGUUCUAUACACAAGUUUCAGAAAAUGAAUGCGAAUUCGGUGAUUUCGGCAAUGGUACACUCUCGAAGGAAGAAGAACCUCAGACCAUCCUCACGAAAUGGGAACACUUCAGAACGAAACCAUGAACGGUUCCAAAGACGAUCUGCAUCUCCCGAUACUUUAGAACGAGCGCCACAUUCAGAACUGUCUAUUGUAGACUGUACUGUGGAGAAUAAUUAUAAUGCAAGCCGACAACUACCAUCUUCAAAUGGAGACUCUUCGUACAGAAAGAAAUUAUAUUUCAAUCCAGUAUUUUUUGAAACUGAUCUUCUCAAAAAUCCACCACCUGCAGCUAUAGAGUUUUUGAUUAAAAUUCGAGAAGUAAUGUCUGUUGCCAAAGAAAAGAUGACAUCAAAGCGAUUCAUUCCAAUUCUGACAGAUAUACCAGAAGAAGAUUCAUAUCACGCUAUAGACCUGGGAUGGGAUUUCCCAUGCGCACGCCGGGGUCGCAGAUUUAGUGCAAUAACUCUAAAACAAGAAAACAGUCGAAAGACUGCCGUUUGUGGAGGCUGUCCAGGUUGUGAUAGUAGCGCGAGACCACACCAAAUAGAUUUAAAUAGAUCAAACUCUUGUAAGACAUGUGUUAGUGAAGAUUAUAAACAAAAAAUUGUAAGAAAAUGGUUAGAUGAAGUACCACUUCCAAGAAAUAAUACUAGACCAGUAAGAUCUGUAGCCAAAGUAAAUGGAACUCCAAGAGUUGUAGAACCUGUUAGGAAUGACGAAGUCUCUUCGAAAUCAACAGAAUUUAUUACUAGUGACUUAUCGAAACCUAAGGUCCCUGAAACCAAAUCUAAGAUAAUAGAAAAGAAAUCAAAAGCACCAGAAAUAAAGAAAAUUUCAGACCAUAAAUCUAAAAUUGCAGAAACAACUAUUAAAGAUAUCAAUCGCGACUUAGAUUCUAAGGAAAACUUCACGAAAGAACUGAAUUUAACAGAAAUGAAAAUCAUUAGCAAACCGAUUAAUCCAAAAGAAAUCGAAAUCAUAAAAGUAACAACUGUUCCUGAUCUCAAUGGGUUAAAUAAUGUUAUGAAUAUCAAUCAGAAAUCGAAUGUCUCAACCUUAGCUCCGGAUAAGAAGCACCCAUCAGGCCACACAACAAGGCGUGUAAGAAAGAAACUUCCCCCUCCUCCUCCUCCACCAGCUGAACCAUCAAAACCAGAAGAUGAAGAAGUGGAAGAGGUCCCAAUACCACCCGAGAUUAAAGUGAAGAUGGAAGCCGUCAUACGUGAACUAACCACUUGCAGACGUGUAGAGCCUGAAGAGUUAGAAGAAGUGAAAAUGGAAAGUAUUGAUCCAAUCCCACCCAAAAUAGUCAUUCCCGUACUAGCAGCUGACAGCCACUACAGUAGUGAUGAUAAUACGCUCUCAAGUAAAAAGAAAAAGUACAUGUAUAAUAGUCAGGAAAGUUUCAUGGAGUUGGAUAGUUUGGAACGCAACAUGAUGAAGAAGCGUAGAUUUUCGGUGGCUUGUGGCCCAGAAGUACUCCAUAAUAAUAGAUUUGAAAACAGACAAAAUUUAUCGGAUGCUAAUGUUAAACGGUUAACUUGUAGUUGGCUCGACGUGAAAAAGGCUGUAGAAGCUUCUCAUGUGGUAAAUCAAAUCACACCAGCUUCAAGUGAAGUUUUUGUUCACAGUAUGGAAUACAGUACGUGCAAUAACGUUGACAAUGUUUUUACGGCUGGACCUCUAACCAUAGAAGUCCGAGGCUCACCUAUUGAAAGUAGGCGUAAUACUAACAAAGAAGAUUUCGAUCCAGAUACUCUUGAUAGACGUGAAACAAAGAAGCGCGUUGAGAAGAUAUUACUGAAAUCGGCCGGUAGCUUUAAACAACAAAAGUCAACACCCUCAGAAACUGAAUCCAGCAAAAAAUCGCCAGUCUCUAUUACAACUCGAAAGAUUGGUAAUCUGCGACAAAUAUACGAAGCCAAAGCUAAAGCACAAGAAGAGGAAGUUAAAUUCAUUAACUACAAUAGACGUGGAAGCAUUACAUUUGGUCAGGAUAUGUCAGCAUACAUGAGGUCGGGUAAAGCGCCAGAUUUGAUCAGACAUAUCGAAGGCCAAAACGAUAAACCACCCAUACCAUCAAAACAGCGUCGGGGAUCUGAUGCGUCUCUAAAAUUUUACAGUUCAAUGCGCGAAAGUCCACCCGGUGAUCGGCGACGAAUGUCAGAAGAUAGGGAUAAAUUCCCACAAUAUACAAGGCUAGAUAACAUGAACGCCCGGCGCUCCGGACGUCGAUCUGCCCGAACCAGAUCUCGAAGAACUGAUCUCAGAAAGUUAUACAAAACAGAAGAUUCUGGAUAUAUGAGCACUGAUUCCAAUGAAUCCAAAUGCAGGGCAAGAUAUUUAAUGCAAUUAAGGCCAUUAAAAGCGGUUAUACCUGAACCAGUACCAGUAUUAGCAGUCAAGCCGCCAGUUUUACAAAUAGAAUCCGAUACAGAUGAUUUAGAAUCACUGUGCGACGGGAGAAGUGAAUCUGGUGGAGAGAGUGUCGAGACCGAUUCAGUGUUUUUUGGAAACUUUGAUGAUUCUAAGGAGAUGUUAGCAGAAUUGGGGCUGAAUUCUUUUGAACCUCAAACUAAGGUAAUGCAGGUUCAUGAGCAAAUUGAUUCAGGGUUUAUGGGAGAGACGAAUAUUAUUUUAAGUGGUGACAGUGACUCGGAACAUAGAAGUGUCAUAUCAAUAAUGGCUGGGCACGAUGGAAGAGCAUCAGCUGCAUCUAUCAAUAAGUUAGACGAUGCAACUUAUUUACAUUCAAUAGAGUGCUGAGUGCAAUGUGUAAAUUUAGUAGAUCAAAAAAUAGAAUAGAAGUAUAUUUAAUGUAAUGGACUUUGUACAUAAUUAUUGUUAAUAAUAUGAUAGUGUCGAAAUUGAAUGAGUAUUAUGUUAUUAGAUUGUACAUACAUUAUUUUGAAUAUUAUAGUUUAUGAUAAAAAAUUGGCAAUAAAAUAGUUAGAAAUUGUGUUAUUUUAAUAUGAAAUUAUAUGGAGGUAAUCGAAAGAGUAAAUUAUAAGAAAUGUGUAUUGUAUGUAAAUUGAUAGUCGCCGAAUUUUACCUCAAAUUUAUUGCGGUGUUACCAUCGGAUUUUCGACUGUUUUAAUUUCUUUACUUUUAAUUUCUUUUCAUUAUAUAAAAUGUAAAUACAUAUUUAGAUGUUCUUUAGAUGAACUACCCACCAUUAUUGUUUGUAUAAUAAUUAUUAUUCAAUGUUUAAUUUAGCUUUAUUAAAAAAAUUUUUUUUUUUUCGAUGUAAUUAUUAUUCUUAUGCCAUUUUAUGCUCAAAGUAUGCGUAAUAGUUAGAUUUUAGUUAUAAUGUGUAUAAAUAAAUAUAUGAAGGCUUACGAGUUUGUAAAUUUUAUAGCCGGCCGGUUGUGCAAUUAAAUUUUUAUUAGUUUUUCGAGAAAUAAAUGGAUUGGAGUUAUUAUAAUGGUUUAUGGUAUACGUAAGAGGCUCAAUUAUUUAUUGAAAAUUUAUUUUUAAGUGUGAUAAUGUAAUGUUUUAACAAAAUAAUUUGCAAUAUAAAUGUAAUCAUUAAGUAAGUCUGUACUUAGUAGUUAGAUAUGUUUGGGAACUGUGUUGUGUAAAGAUAAUAUUUUCAUACUUUGUAAACAAAGUAGUUAAAGAAAAUAUUUUUGUAUGAAUAAAAUAAACUACGUUGUGUUAUAAA